AUGUUUCGACCUGUAUUCCUUUUUAAAAUAUUGGUUCUAUCACUUAUUGUUAAUUUUGUACUUGUUGUAUAUUUCUUAUUACAAAGUUCGCGUCAUAAUUUUCGUCUUGCUAAUAGAAAUGACUAUUAUGAAAUUAAUGAUUAUUAUUCUUUUUAUGAAAAUAAUCCCAUAUCAACAAAUAUUAAAGUUAUACCUAUGCCAAUGUUUGUUACUAUAGAACAGUCAACAUUAUUAUUAUCAAAUAAUUUUCAUAUUGUAUCAAAUCGAAAACUUUCGAAAGAUCUUCGAUUAGCUGUUCGUCGUUAUUCAAAAUAUAUUUCAUUAUUAACAGGAAUAUCAGUAGACAGUAAGCAAGAUGUUUCUCCUGCAAAUAAUAAACUUAUUAUUGAUUACUCAACAAGUCUUUCAAAAGAAGAUAAAUAUCCAACACUCGGUGAAGAUGAAUCUUAUAGACUUAAUAUAACAAAAACAGGUUCAUAUUUAUAUGCAUCAUCAUCAACAGGUAUUAUUCGAGGUUUAUCAACAUUUGUUCAAUUAAUUGAACGAAAUACAUCAUCAGAUACAUUUUAUAUUCCAUUAGUAAAUAUAAUUGAUCGGCCUCGAUUUAUGUGGCGAGGUUUAUUACUAGAUGUAUCUCGUCACUGGAUGCCUGUAACAGUAAUUGAACGAACAUUAAAUGCAAUGGAAUUAAGUAAACUUAAUGUUCUUCAUUUACAUUUAUCCGAUGAUCAAGGUUUUCGUGUUGAAAGUAUUGAAUAUAAUUUGUUACAUGAUAGAAAAGAUUUUUUUACACAAAAAGAUAUUCAACAUCUUGUUGAAUAUGCUCGACAACGACGUAUACGUAUUAUACCUGAAUUUGAUAUUCCUGGUCAUACAACAAGUUGGUUUGUUGGUUAUCCAGAAUUAGCUACUGAGCCAGGUCCAUAUCAAGUUGAAACUCGAUGGGGUAUGAUGAAACCUACAAUGGAUCCAACUAAAGAAAAUACAUAUAUAUUUCUUGAUAAGUUUUUUAAAGAAAUGACAGGAUUAUUUCCUGAUCCAUAUUUUCAUAUUGGUGGUGAUGAAGUUGAAGGUUCUCAAUGGACACAAUCAGUAACAAUUCAACGAUUUAUUAAUGAACAUCAACUUGAAAAUAAAAAUGGUUUACAAGCUUACUUUAAUAAACGUAUACAAAAAAUGCUUAAAAAAUAUGGAAAAAUAAUGAUUGGAUGGGAAGAAGUUCUUGAUGAAAUUCAUGAAAAUUUAACAAUAGAUAAAGAUGCUAUUAUUCAAGCAUGGAAAAGUCGAAAAGCAUUUAUUCAAACAAUAAGCAAAGGUUAUAAAAGUUUACUUUCUACUGGUUAUUAUCUUGAUCAUCUUUCAUUAUCUUCAUAUCAUUAUAAAGCUGAUCCAAUUCUUAAUGAUGAAUUAUGGUUAUUUAAUCAAAAACAACUAAGUCAGAUUCUUGGUGGUGAAGCAUGUAUGUGGGCUGAAUAUGCUACACAAAAUACAGUUGAUUCUCGUAUUUGGCCUCGUCUUCUUGCUAUAGCUGAACGUUUUUGGUCUCCAUCUUCAAUAACAAAUGAAAAUUUUCUUUAUGAACGUAUGUUUCGAAUGAAUCAUUUACUUGAUAAAAUGCAAACAGGUAUAACACAUAUUUCAUCAUAUAAAACUCAAUUACAAAAUUUAAUUAUUGAUCCAAAUAAAAAAUUAGAUCUUUUACGUCCAUUAGUUAUAUUAGCUGAUGUUUGUGAACCAUAUGGUUUUGAACAACGUUCCCAAAGUGGUAAAUAUUCAUCGAAUGUUUCAUUAACAACAUUUACUGAUGCUUUACAGCCAGAAAGUGAACUUAUAUGGAAAUUAGAGAAACUUCCUAUUAAUGAUAUAAAAUAUCGUGAUAUAUUUCAAACAUGGUCUCUUAAUCAUUUACGUUUAAGAAAAUUAUUUGAUAAUAUGGAUAUAGAUAAAAAUAAACAAAUAUGGGGACAAGAUAUUGAACAAUUAUCACAAAAUCUUGCUGAGACUGGUCGAAUUGGUUUAAGAAUUUUAGAUUAUGGUACAAAAAGAAUAUUACAUCAUGAUAAAAAUAAUACAAUGAAUUCAUGGCCAUUACUACAUUGGUUAGGACAUCAUAAUAAUUUAUUAAAUCAAUUUGAAAAUCAAGUAUAUGAAGUACGAUUAGCUGCUGUAAGACCAGUUCGACGUUUACUUAAUUCAAUUCAAACAUUUGUUUAG